AUGGCGACCCAAAGGCCCACGACGGGCGCAAGUACACACACCGCUGGCAGGCAACAUGAUAAUCUGAGGCAUCUCACCUCACCGCUUGGGACUGUAGCGGUAGAGCCCUCCCUCCAACAUAAAGUUGGCUUAUCUGUCCUCCAUAUCCAAGGUCUGGACCUGGUCCCCACGAAAGCCUUCCUGACCCAUGAGCCCUUAGAGGAUGUUCCUCGAACCACAACUCCCCUCCUGAGCGCAGUCCAUCAGCCAGGAAUCCCGUUACAGGCCAAAAUUGGAAUCAGAACUGAGGGCACAAGCG